AUGAUACCUACCUACAUCACCAAAGCCGUCGCCCUCAUCGUGCAAACCGCCGCAAUCCAGGCCCCACCGCCAUCGCCCCCACCGCCAGCGGCUCUACUAUCGUCAUCAAGCACUCUCGCUGCAUCGCUCAAAGUCUCAUUCCCAAACCCCGGUCUAGCACUCCUUCCCCAACCAUACUGGUGGUGGCAAUCUGGCACCGCAGUCGAAGCGCUCCUAACCUACGGCUCCACCACCGGCGACCUCCAGUAUGAAGACUUGCUCAAAACCACCAUCCUGAGUCAAGCGACCCCCGCAAACGACUUCAUGACCAUCGAUGCAACCGGCAACGACGAUCAAGCGUGGUGGGGCCUCGCCGCUAUAACAGCCGCCGAGAUGGAACUCCCGCAACAAGGAGCCGUCGCCUGGGUUGACCUCGCAAAGAACGUCUUCGACCAGCAAAAACAGCGUUGGAUCGAUGGCAACAACACAUGUGGUGGUGGCCUGCGCUGGAAAGUAGAUUUCGGCGAAGACGGCCAGAACGGCUGGCACUACAAGAACGCCAUUACAAACGGACUCUUCUUCCAACUCGCCGCCCGCAUCGCGCAACUUACGAAGGAUGCUGAAAUCCUAUCCUGGGCGGAGAAAACAUAUGCUUGGAGUACAAAGGUCGGACUUGUGGACCAAGAUUUCAAUGUCUACGACGGCACGAGUGAAGACAACGGAUGUUCAGAUCUAAACCACAACAUGUGGAGUUACAACGUGGGCGUUUACAUGUACGGCGCUGCAGUCAUGGCUGUGCACACCAAAGACGAGAAGUGGACGGAGAGAACACGCGGAUUUGUCGCUUCCUCGAAGAGGAACUUUGUAAAUACCGAUACUGGCGCGCUUUUUGAGAGCAAGUGUGAAGCAAAGGAUGCUGAAGAGCCGUGUGACACCGAUCAAGUCUCUUUCAAAGGGCUGUUGGCACGCUGGUUGGGUGCUACGGCUGUGCUGUUGCCGCAGGUCAAGGAGGACGUGGAGAAGAUUGUUAAUCCAGCGGCGAAUGCGGUGCACAAUGGGAGCAUUCUGAACUUGGGGCCUAUUGAGAGUGCGUAUGCGCUUGAGGUCGUUGAUGCGAGUUUGAGGAUGCAGGGGUUGGGUGGGGAAGGGACGAUUGGAGUUGGCAAGAGCAGGAUGGCGAGGAGUGUAUUCCAUGCGUAUGCCUAUGGCACAGCAUUCUGGUACGCCCUGCGUGGCUUCUGUCGCGUGUACGACCCCAUCAUGGUCAUCGGCUGGUUCCGGCCUCCAUCGCAACUAAACCUCGCUCCCAACGAUCUCGAGGCCUACAACGUCCGCAACGACGGCUGGUGUCUCGUCACCCUCGCGCUCAUCCUCGUCUCCUUCACCAACGCCAUACCCUUCAACUCUGCGCCCGCAACGAAACUUACUACCAUUCCAUAUGCAAAGGCGGUGGUAGCUGCGACGGUGUUUCAUCAUAUCACGACGGGCAUUGGCGCAUACCAGCAUUACAAGAUGCCGAGUCAUUACAAUACUAGUAUGAGCAUUGGGGUGUGGGGUAAUGUGUGGUUGACGUUGACCGGACUGUUUACGUUGGCGAUGUUACAAAGUGAUAAGGGAACGAUGCCUGUCGAGGAGGUAACUAAGAAAGUGAGAUAG